AAUAUUGUUUGAGAUAAUUAUGGUAAAAAUGAUUGUACAAUAGAUAAUUGAUUUCUUCACAAAGAAUGUUUGCUGCAAUUGUUUGAGCUAUUCACAUUUGUACCAACUUGAACUAAUUGCACUUCACUUUUAUAUCGCCUAUUGUUUGUGCAAAUUGCUUCCUUUGUCUCGAGUUUCAUCGCUGUGAGUAUAUUUGGAAGGUAGAUUUCAUUUUUUUAGACUUUUUUGAAAUUUUAGUCCAAGAACAAAUUUGGAGUUCCUGUUUAUAAGAUGUGAAAGAACAGAUUUUUUUGGGUGAAAUGGCAAAGUGGUAUGGAGAAUGUUGCUUAGAAUGUUUGAUAAUGUUUUGCUUGAUUGAAAUAUGGUUUAGUAUAUUUACUUUUUGUUAUUAUACUUUAUGAACCCACACUCUACGGAACCAAGUUCUUAUAGAGUAUGCAAUGAGGAAGUUUGAGGAAUAAUAUUACAAAGGAUAAUAUUCCAAUAUUGCCCCAAAAUUACCUACGUUUACCAGUCGCACAACACAACACAACACAGACGGAGGCAGAUAUCGUUCAAAACCCCAAAUAAACCCUUUCUUCUUCACCGCCGCAUUCUCUCUCUCUCUCUCUGCACCGUCGUCUUCCAUCAGAAUUCAGAAAGAGAUUGAACCUGAAAGAAACUCACGACAACGAUGCUCCUCCAAAUAACAAGCCUUCCACCGAAUAGGUUAUUUCUACAACAAUCCCUGUAACACACUCAAAAGGGAAUAUUAUUUGUGAGGAAAUGGCGUCAUCAUCAUUGGUGGAAUCUCUUGUUCUUCAACUCCAUGAGAUAUCAGCUGUGAAAUUCGGCAACUUCAAGCUCAAAUCUGGCAUCACCUCACCGAUCUACAUUGACCUCCGUCUCAUCAUAUCUUAUCCUUCUCUCCUACAGCAAAUCUCUCAGACCCUAAUUUCAUCAGUCUCUUCCACCUCAUUUGAUCUGGUAUGUGGUGUCCCUUACACUGCCUUACCCAUUGCCACCUGCGUCUCUCUUGCUCAGAACAUCCCCAUGGUCAUGCGUCGUAAGGAAGUCAAAGACUAUGGCACUGCUAAAGCCAUUGAAGGUGAUUUCAAGCCUGGCCAAAGUUGCUUAAUCAUCGAGGAUUUGGUUACCAGUGGAACAUCAGUUUUGGAAACAGCGGCACCACUACGUUCUGUGGGGUUGAAGAUCAGUGAUGCGGUUGUCCUGAUUGAUAGAGAGCAAGGUGGGCGGGAAAAUUUGGAGGAGAAUGGCAUCAAGCUGCAUGCAAUUAUUAAAUUGACUGAAAUGGUGAAAAUUUUGAGGGUUCAUGGAAGACUUGAUGACGAGAUGGUAGGGGUUGUUACAAAAUUCUUAGAUGAGAAUAGGAAGGUUGCAGCUCUGGCAAAGGUUGAGAAGCCAAUAACCAAGGUCAAGUCUUUAUCAUUUGGGGAAAGGGCGAAUCUGUCCAAGAAUCCAACAGGAAAGAAGUUGUUUGAGAUAAUGGCUCAGAAGGAGAGUAAUUUGUGUUUGGCUGCAGAUGUUGGAACUGCAGCUGAAUUGCUUGAAAUUGCCGAGAAGGUUGGACCUGAGAUAUGCUUGCUUAAGACUCAUGUGGAUAUUUUGCCAGAUUUUACUCCUGUUUUUGGCUCUAAGCUUCUCUCGAUUGCAGAGAAACAUAACUUCUUAAUCUUUGAGGAUCGUAAAUUUGCUGACAUUGGUAACACAGUAACCAUGCAAUAUGCAGGAGGGAUCUUUCACAUAUUGGAUUGGGCUCACAUAGUAAAUGCUCACAUAAUCUCUGGUCCUGGAAUUGUGGAUGGACUAAAAUUGAAGGGUUUGCCUCGUGGCAGGGGACUAUUGCUGCUUGCUGAAAUGAGUUCAGCCGGUAACCUUGCCAAGGGAGAUUAUACUGCUGCUGCAUUGAAAAUUGCUGAGGAACAUUCCGACUUUGUAAUUGGCUUCAUAUCCGUCAAUCCAGCAUCAUGGCCAGGGGCACCCGUAAAUCCUUCUUUCAUUCAGGCAACUCCUGGAGUUCAAAUGGUUACCGGUGGUGAUGGUUUAGGGCAGCAAUAUAACACUCCAUAUUCUGUCGUUCAUGAUAGGGGAAGCGACAUUAUCAUUGUUGGACGUGGCAUCAUCAAGGCAGCAAAUCCUGCCGAAGCAGCUCAUGAAUACCGUCUACAAGGAUGGAAUGCAUAUUUGGCCAAAUCUGCUUGAGGUUUUCAUUUGAAGAAUAAAAAGACGAGUCAAAUCAUGUUUUUGUCGGACAUUUAAUCUAAUUUCACUGUAACCCAGAGGAAGGCCUUUGGUACAGUAUAACGUUGAAAGACUUUUUCCAGUUAGUAACUUAUAUUGAAGUGGCUUUUUGAUGUUCUUGGUUAUUUCA